AUGUUUACCGUCGUACAGUUCAUUGAAAACCAGAAAUUUAAGGUCAUGGCUGUUCCCACGAAAUGGGUAAACAAAAGCUUCUUGUUGUGGCCAAAGCUUGCAAAUGCGAAAAUAGAAAACUUACGGCUUGCUGGACAAGAUUUUGAAGGAGCUACGAAGAAAAUCCCCGUCAUAGUUUGCGGUCGCUUCAACGACAUUCAUCUGGCAGAGAAAGCAGCCGAGGAACCAUCCAAGCGGGAAGUUUCUGAUAUUGAUGGUAAGGAAAAGCGAAUGAAACCUGCCAAGAAACCGAAAGCAACGACAGAAAAAAAAAACUACAACACGAUGAUUGAAGGAGCGUCACCUGAAACAAUGGUAGAUGCUGGCCCCAUAUACUUGCAGGGAGAAAAUAUCGUGUACAUCCAGCCUUCCGAUGAAAACGACAUUCCUGGUAUGCAAAUCGCAGGAUCGAUGAGCUACGAGCAAAUGAAAGCUGAGCUGAAAGUUUUCAUCGAAGAAACUGUCGAUAAAUCCAUCGAGAAAGCGUUUCAAACCAACUUUGCACGUUACGCAGCCUUGUCCGACAUCCAAGCUAAGGAAGACACUGUGAAUACCAAACCAGAUGACACCGUUGAAAGACAUGAGCCGAUUGACAACGAAGACGAAUUAAGCCGGUGGAACAUCACUCUCAACAACAAAGAACUGCAACGACGUUAUCUGGAGUACUUCUCCAAAAUCAUAAUUCCGAAUGCGUAUAAUCAAAGAGGCGACAACGCAUGCUAUACUGUGGUAGAUUGCCUGUUCACACGCGAAUUUUGGACUAAGAUGACAUGGACUGGCAUUAGUCGAAGAAACAAAUCGAAAAGAGGCUUCCACGAAUACGGUAACGUCGUUCAACUGUUGGGCGAUAUAGUACGAAUUUCAGGCAGCCGCGACAACCGUCUGUGUGGAUUGACCGUGCGCUUUUUGGUAACCGGGCGAAAAACCGUCAAAGGGUUGUGCGCGUGUGGCUUGCAGUUGUUUUGGCCUGUUUUGACUAGUGUUGUGCAUCCUUCCAAAAAGUUCGAGAGAAAAAUCAUUAAAAUCGAAUCGUUUGCCAUUCCGUUCAAACGUAUUGCCGGUGGAAAAUCGGAACUAAUUGCUGCCCUAGUGAAGGCAGCACAGGAAAUCAGGCUUUCGGCAGUUCUAUCUCCGAAGGAACACCAGCUGCUGGAAGCAAUCGUCGAAUCGCUACUCGAGUGGAAACGGCGUAUCCAGAUAGACUGCAAGAACAAAACCCUAAACAUGUUCCAAACUGUGAAAGCAAUGGAGCAGGUUCAGCAAGGAAACAAUAUGUGUGUUCUGAAGCUACGCACAGUUCACGAGCUGCUGUCGUUGGAGUCUGCUCUUGUCAAGCCGGAAGAAGUGCACCUCAGCAACGGGUCAUAUUGA